GAAUACGGAAGCAAAAACGAUCGCAACUUCCGGAUCACGGGGACUUAAGGUCACUCUACAUGGUGAACAUCGGCACUGCAGGAUGGGAGAAAAAGAGGAAGUUCUUGAGGAACUUUUGGACUUGAGAGUUUUUUUCCUCAUCUGGAGAAGAAGUGAAUCCAGUUCCGUUAGCGGAGGAACAGAGGGGGGACGUCAUCGAACCUGGGGCAAAACGCGACAACCGAGUUUUUCUGCUCUCUGCGUCGUCUCUCUUAUGGAAAAGCUGGAAAAAGAGUGAACUUUCCUCCCCCGCGUCCCGAGGAAAACUUCACCAACAGAAGGGGCGAUGAGAUGCGAGUGAGCUAUGCCUUGUGGAAAUGGACAGACUGUAUUUAAGCGAAAACAUGGCGUCUGUCUGCCAAACUUUGGAUUAUUUUCAAGUAUGCUUUGUGCGCUCUGCUGCCUCUCGGCGCUCUCGGGCGUCGCGGCGGACGGGCGAGAGUGCAGCCCGUGUCCGGGUAACUGCACGUGCGCGGCGGUGGGACCGCAAAACUUGUGCGUGGUUAAUUGUUCCAACAUCGGACUGGAUCAGGCCCCAGCGGCGUCCGAUCUACCGAGCGACACACACACACUAGAUCUCUCCAGAAACCACAUUCCCUCUGUGGAUUCCAGUCUUUUUGAUCACCUCACCUUCCUGAAGGAGCUGUAUCUUCAGAAUAAUCGUCUGGUCAAUCUUCCUCAUGGGAUAGUUGGCUGUGGCCCGUUAGCUGUGCUAGAUAUAAGCAACAAUCAUAUCACAACAAUCAGAUCAACCGUUGAUGGAAAAAUAUGUGAGAGUUUAUUUAACUUAACUUCAAUAGAUCUGAGUUCUAACCCGUUCAUCUGUGACUGUAAGUUAGUGCGGUUGGUUAGCUGGUUGCAGGAAAAGGGUGUUAAAGUGAAGCGACCCAACUCUAUGCUCUGUGACAGCCCACCGGAGGUGAAGAACCAACCACUGCUUAACGUCAGUGAACACACUUGUGGCCUGACGUACGCAGGCUGUCUGCAGGAUGAAGAGCACGCGAGUGGAGUCGAGUUGGUCAUCUUCUCCUCCUCCACCCCAGGCCGGUUCUCUCGUGAAGAUUGCAACUCCAAGUGCUUCCAUGAGAACCAGCGUUACGGUGGUCUGGGCCAACAAAGAGAGUGUCUGUGUAGCACAAACUCUGAGCCCAAUCACAUCAGCGAGUCCCAGUGUUCAGCUGCAUGUUCCGAUCCGCUGGUCAUGAAGAAGUGUCGCUGGACUGUGUCCCAGGACGUGUUUCAGGUGAACUUCUCUGCAACCCUUCCGUCCCGUCGUGUGUCCGUCCACUCUGAGGCUCUCUUGUCUGUCUCCUCCUCUGUCUACCCUGUAUCUCUUUCCUGGGAUUUCGGUGACCUUUCACCUCGAGUCAACAGCUCCACGUCCAAUAAGACAGCGAUCCAUAAGUACGGCGUCCCAGGACUGUACCAGGCCCGGGUGAGUCUCUCGGCUGGACACCAGGAGAUAGUCACGCACGGGAACGUCAGUGUGGAACUGCCCCCGAGACUGGAGCUCCACUGCCCGUCACUGAUAGUGGCCAAUCAGAGCCUGGAGGAGGCGGUUUCUCUGGUGAACUGGGGCGGAGUGGGCAUAACCGUGGACUGGAGAAUUUCUAAGGAUGGGAGAGAGAUUGCGAGAGCGGAGCCUCUGUGUUUGCCAGAUGCGAUCCGUCACGCUGAUUCAUCCCGCUGUUUCCUGUUGGUGUCGGAAGAAGUCAGCUGGUCGGAGGCACGUAGGAAUUGUUCAGCCCGUGGGGGAGAACUCGCCGUGGUGCAUUCCCAAACCGUCCGAGACCUUCUGGCCCCUCGAAUCACACAGGAACGCGGCGUGUGGCUGGGUUUGAGUGACAAAAACUCUCCGCGUGUUCUGCGCUGGGUGGACGAUUCUGACGUCCAGUCGGGUGACGAGGGCGCGAGAGAUCGGGCCAGUUUGCCGCCGGGAAACGUGUGUGUGUCACUGGACAGUGCCGGACAGCCCAGCGCCCACUCCUGCACCGCCCAGCGAGCUUUCGUCUGCCAGUUCACUCGCCAAGUGCGAAUCCCUGAUGCAGGUGUUUAUAUGGUGGGCACAGCUGUGUUUAAUACCCAGAAUGCUAUGAGCAGCCCUGCAGUAUCACACACAUCUGUACUCAACACGCCGGCCAAAGAAGUCGAGCUGUUGCUCUUCCCCGGACUGAGUUUCGUGUAUGGAGGUCGACUGUCGUCUCUAGAGAUGAUCACUCAGACACUGACCUCACACACACAGCUGCGCUUUCAGGUGUACCGACCGCAGUGCCCCAGAUUCACACCACAGCCCCUGCUGCCAGGUUGUGGUGACAUUUGCGCCCCCAUUACCGUUUGCCAGUCUCCAGAUGACUGGAUCAACGACACAAGCGUCCCUCCAACAUCUACAUCGUGCCCAGCGGGACGCCAGUACUGCCCGUAUACUUUGCAGUGUUCGCCCCUGGCCAGCCCUUGUCAAAGCGCGGCAUGUGUCAACUGCUCCGGUGUCGACCCUCUUCCUGCCGGGACCCAGUACCCCAAUUACAGCCUGGUUGGGGAGGUGAUUUUUACCCUGCCGCCUGGACCACCCACUCAUGUCUUGGUCCUGGAGGAAUUAGAGGACCUGUUGGUUUCCCCCGGCGACUUCCUCGCCCUCCAGCACGAUGCUGGCCCAUCAGGGCUUCUCCGGUGCUCAUCGGACCCCUCAUCGCCGUGGAAACAGAACGUCCUCAUCCAAAACUACUCUGACUGGUUGGACUCUAAUAAGACUCUUGGGAUGAAUGCACAAAGAAGCUGGGACGUGAGUUUGGUGUGCCAGGUGAGAGUGCUCUACGUUGGACAGAACGACACCAAACUGCGGGGUCAGUUUCUUCACUCUGGCCUCCCGCAGCCUGGCGACUACAGUUUGGAAGUCACAUCCAACGAUCAAGAUUUUCCUGUCGCUGCUUCCUGUCCGAUCCGCGUCGUCCCGCCUCUGGGACUAACCGUGGUUCAUCCGACCAAUCACAACGGCACAGUGUAUUUCCUCCCCAAUCAGUCGUGGAUUCUCGUGAAGGUCCGCUCUCAGCACAGCGUUCUGAUUGGACGGCAGGGCAGCAACGCAACGGCACCCUUUUACAGCAUCUGUCCCCAGAACUUGGUGGCGAAAGUGGCUGAAUGCAGGCAGACUGACCCGUACAACGACACCAUGUUUGCGGGGGUCGACCUCCAGCUCGGGUCCACGCCGGGGCUGACCAACGUGGUGCUCCGCGCCCACAGCGAAGUUACCGAAGAUGUGCUCCAAGUUCAGGCAAGGGUUCAAGAGCCUCUUGAAGGGCUGGUCAUCCAACCUCAUCCCGCUCAGCGAGUUCUUAUGGAGUCCGUAGUGAGUUAUACGGCGUCCGUGGAGGGAGGUACGGAUCCGUCCUUCAGAUGGACAGUGGAUGAUAAGCCUUACUUUACGUACUACAACAGCGUAUUGAACAUCAUCUACCAGAACGCGGCGAUGUACAAACUCACGGUGACGGCUUUGAACCAAGUCAGCGUGUUGACCGAAUAUUUCAACGUGACAGUGGACCGCAUGAACCCGAUGACUGAUUGUACCGUCCACGGAGUCCCUGAUAUAGUGCAGCAAGGGUCUCCUCUGAACCUCACGGCGUCUGUGGUGGUUGAUGAGGCUGUAGACGUCAAUUUCUGGUGGUGGUUUGGAGAUCGAGGGAACCAUACACGUCAGUUUAAACCCCCUUACGAUCAACCUUCUAGCAACCAGGUGUUGCUCUAUGACAAUGUACAAUAUGUUUAUACCCAGCCAGGGGAGUACACCCUCAUAUUCUUCGCUUCAAACCGGUUUGAGAACAGGACAUGUAAAGUUGACGUCUACGUUUUCAGCAUUCUGACAGACGUGCAGAUCGAGACGGACCCGCUACUUCUACGCACUGGAAAACCUGGUGAAUUUGAGGCCCACCCCUUACCGUCUUCCUACGGGAUUAUCUACACCUGGAACUUUGGCGAUAACUCGAGUCUACAGCAGGGGCGCGAGCGCAGGGUUCCUCACUCGUACGCUUAUAGCGGCAUCUUCACCAUCUGCGUCAACAUCAACAACACCAUCAGCUGGUUGGACACUUGCGCUGAAAUUAUUGUUUAUGAGGAUGUUGGCGGCUUGAAGGUGAUGUCAUCUGCCCCCACGGAGCGCAACACUCCUACUAUUUUCACCGUGAGCCUGGAAGCGGGAAACAAUGUAACCUGGAUAUUUGACAUGGGGGAUGGAAUCGUACGUACAGGUGUGGAACCACGAGUCGAAUAUACAUACAGGAAAGAUGGAAACUACACCGUGAAUGUAACGGCGAUGAACGCAGUGAGCGUGCAGUGGGCAACUAUUCAAGUUGAGGUGUUUGUGCUACAACUGCUAGCUCUCGAACCGGAUGUGUGCGUUGAAGAAAACAAAGAGAUCAACUUUCAUGCAUUUGUGUCUGGGAACGUGUCAGGACAUCAGUAUGUUUGGAGUUUCGGGGAUGGAAGCCCCAACGAGACUCACUAUGGUACCCCAGAUGUAAAACACAUGUACGUUAAGAGUGGCGAGUACCAUCUCUCCCUGGACAUGUCAAGCGAAGCUAACAAGGCAAAUUUUUUCAGAAGGAUUUGUGUGCAACCUGAGGUCGCAAAAGUGUCCUUGUCUACUCUGAGAAAACAUGUGAAACUUGGAGAAGAGAGCAGAUUUAUUGCAACAGCUUUCCCGGAAUUUAAUUACACAUACCUAUGGGACUUUGAAAUACAUGACUCCAGACAUUCAGUUCGAGGUGGUGAGGUGAUGGAUUUUACUUUCAAGAGUCCUGGACAAUAUCUGGUAACGGUUUCUGUCUUCAACAACAUCUCCUGUAGCAACAACUCUGUUUUAAUCGAGGUACAGCAACCUGUUGUCUUUCUGCUGAUAAAUCAUAACGGAGAUAAAGGAAACCGUCUGGCACUACAUAAAGAAUACACGUUCACUGUGACUUCCAACUCUUCAAAUGCUGUCUAUAUCUGGGACUUUGGAGAUGGGACUCAAAUUAAUGGGACAAAUGUAUCAUACGUCUACAGAUCUUCAGGAAACUUCAACAUCUGCGUUACAGGCAAGAAUGAAGUGAGCGAAACGAAAAGUGAGAUAUCCGUGAUGGUAUUGGCACCCAUUAAAGGACUGUCUGUAAAUGCUAGCCAUGUUAAUGUUCCUAUAAACACUUCGGUCCACUUCGAGGCGCACUUUGAGCAAGGGGAUGACAUACGGUACUCUUGGAUUCUUUGUGACUGGUGCACAUCUAUACAAGGGACUCACACAAUGUUCUACACAUUUCGUUCAGUUGGGACUUUCAACGUCAUAGUAACUGCAGAGAAUGAUAUUAGCAUCGCACAAGCUAGUAUUUACAUCUUUGUGCAGCGUGAGUUGGAGGGUUUGCAGAUAGUGGCCAAUGAUCUUCGCGAAGGAUGCUGUUUCGCAACCAAUCGUGUCCUGCAGCUGCAAGCCUUAUUGAAAGAGGGCACCAACGUGACCUUCAACUGGAACUAUCAGAGGGAACAUGAGAACCUUGACCACAACAUCACAGGAAAGUCCAUUGAGCUUAAUUUUUCCACCCCUGGACCUUGUGAGGUGAUCCUCAAGGCAACCAACUUGCUCGGCCAGCUGGCUAUGAACCGAGCUAUUGAGUUUCUGGAACCUGUGAAGCAGUUGAACCUUGAGUCUUUACCAAACUUUGCUGCAGUGAACGCCAUAACAAACAUGACAGCGUUUGUACGUUUUGGGACUGACCUACAUUACAAGUGGUGGGCAGAUGGUGAGUUGUUAACGUUUGACAUGCCUACCGUAAUGCAGUGUUUUAAAAGUGUAGGUCUGAAACUAGUGAAAGUGGAAGCUUACAACAAAGUCAGCACAGAAACGGUCUUAAAGUGGAUCAACAUUCAAGAACCAAUAUCAGGAAUAUACCUUUAUGCCACAAAUGUGACGGAGCAGAACUUUGUCGCAUCAGGGGUCAACGUUUCCAUGCGUGGAAAAACAGAGACAGGGUCCAACAUUUCAUGGGAGUGGCUGUUGCCGGAUGGUACAAAAUCGAAUCACCGUUCCACCUCCUACAUCUUCUCCAAACCUGGAAUCUACACUGCUGCUUUGAAUGCCACAAAUGACAUCAGUGGAGAACUAGCAUCUCGUGACUUUACAGUACAAGACCGUAUCCAGGGUCUGGAGCUAAAGGCCAGUAAACAAAUUGCUGCAGUUGGAGAGAAUGUGGAGUUUACCAUAUCCAUCUCAUCUGGAACAUCUGUUAACUUCAUCCUGAGCAUCAGCGGAGACGCCACUGUUGUUCUGCACAAUCGUACAUACGUCCACCAGUUCACCAGUGUGUCAAAGUACUAUGUGAAUCUUACAGCCCACAACGAGGUGAGUGCGGAGCGAAAAACUCUGCACAUUGAAGUAAUGGAACCUGUUACCAAACUGACUAUACUGGACUGCUGCGAUGCUGCCAUACCCGUAGGAGUCACUCGGCCUUACGUUGCAUAUACACCGACACGUGAGCCACUGACCUUCUUGUGGACCUUCGACCUUCAUUUUGGCCCCAAGACUCAAAUGGUUGGCAAAUCAGUGACGUACGCUCCAGAAAAACCAGGUAAUCUUACUAUAUUCCUGAGAGCGUUCAAUUCCCUCAACGGUCUAAAUGUGACUAAGGUUCUACGAGUUCAGAACAGUAUCAAAUCAGCCUUUUUGGAUGCUCAGCCAAGCGACACCUUCAUAAACAAGACGGUCAGCUUCCAUGCCGGUAUCACCCCCCCUUCAACUCCUGCAUUGUAUAUGUGGGACUUUGGGGAGGGUACCUCUCCCUCCAUCACAACAACACCUUCUAUUAGCCACAUCUACUAUCUGCCCGGUCACUAUCUGGUGCGACUAAAUGUCAGUAACCUGGUCAGCUGGGCCACGGCACAGGACGAGAUCAACAUCUCUGUGUUGAAGUGUGAUGAACCAGAAGUACAGAUAUUUCAAGCUCCACGCCUUGCCGUCUGGCGUCACCAGCCUACCUUGGUGGAGGCAAAUGUGAACUUGAAGGGCUGUGCUCUAUAUGGAAUAAAGUCAGUUUGGGAGAUCUUCACAUCCCAUCGCUGUCAGGAUGAAGAUAAAGGCCCAAGACCUUCUAAGGUCCAGCUCCCGGCAGAAGUCAACGUAAACAGGCUCCAACUUUCAGUGCCGAAAAUGUCAAUUUCUGCUGGCAACUACACUCUAGUUUUUUCUCUGUCAUAUGAGGGAGUUCCACUCAGGAAGGCAGCCUGUCUGCAGCUGUCAGUCAUGUCCAAAAAGUUGGUGCCCAUCAUUGAAGGUGGCACGUACCGUGUCUUGUCCAAAACUCAGGAUCUCCACUUGAGUGCUGAGCAGUCCUAUGAUCCCAAUCUAGAUCCGGAAAACCAAUCCCUGCUCUACUACCACUGGGAAUGUGUGACCACCUCGAAGGGCCCGGCUCACUGCUCUACUCUCAAUUUCGGGCUGGGUCCAAGCGACCCAGUUCUGGGCAUCUCUGGGUCCGAGCUGGAGGUGGAUGUGGAGUACACCUUCCGUCUGACUGUCAGCAAAGAGGGCAUGACCCCAGAAUCCACAACUCAGACCGUGCGGGUACAGAGCGGUCGGAUUCCGAUGGUGUCGCUGGAGUGCGUGUCGUGCAAAGCUCAAUCUCGCUAUGAGAUCAGUCAGAACUCUUAUGUUUACCUGGCUGGCACCUGCAGUAAUUGUCACGGCUCACAUCGAGGGCGCUGGACGGCGAUGACCGGUCGGAAUGAAACUCUAGUUUUGGAUCUGGACACGACCACCACGGGCAGCGACAGCAUGCAUUUGGUGCUGAGGCAGGGCAUCCUCCGCGACGGCGACUCCUACAUAUUCAGCCUCCACGUGGAGGAUGAUAGUAUGGACCGGGAAGGUGUGGCUUACAUCGAACUCCACCCGAAUCUUCCUCCAGCUGGAGGGGCGUGUUCUCUGUGGGCGGAUGGGGAGGGGCCUCAGGUGCGCACACUGGUGGAAAGAGUUCACUUCAAUUGCUCAGGUUAUGCUGAUUUGGAUGAGACAGAGUCUCCUCUGGUUUAUAGUCUGUUGGUGAUACGCUGUGCAAAUCUGUACUGUGAGGAGUUCUGUGUGUAUAAAGGCACGAGUCCAGAACAUUCUGCGUUCCUGCCCCCUGGCUUCAGCUCGGACCAGAACAGGGUGAAUGCUUUAGUCAUGGUGGAAGACCACCAGGGAGCAUCAGCUAUGGCCCUUAAUAUGUCCAUGGAGGUGCUCCUGCCAAAGGUUCCUAAGGGUUACGAUAGUCUUCCUCACUGGUUGAGUAACCUGACGGACUCCACCCUGAGAGAGCUGCUGCGACAGGGAGACUCACAGAGAGUACGGGAACUCUCGCUGGCUCUCAUCACUGUUCUAAAUGAGUAUGAGCAGGGUGUGUCCCGCAGACGUGAACAUGUGUCGAAGGCAGAGCGUCAGUACAGACUGAGCAUCAGAGGAAACAUCACCAGAGCGUUGACAUCACUGGAUCUGAUUACUGUCAACGACAUCCAGCAGACAUCAGCGGCGCUCGCACAGUGCACGGCUGUGAGUCGAGAGUUUGUGUGUGAGGAGUGUCAAAACAGCACUCUGGAUAAACUCGAGUCGAUGUUAGAGAUACUACAGACAGACACUAAACAGGGUACAGUGACCCCUACUGAGAUAGCAGACAACAUUCUCAACAUCAUGGGGGACCUGAUCCAUCAGGUGAGCCAGGCAGCAUCCUCACCUCCUCCAGAGGCUGAAGACCGCGGCAACUCCCAACAGACUCCGUUUCUUUCGGAAGAGCAGCAUCACCCGCUGCGGGUGGCCGCUAAAGCAUACACCCUCUCCUCCGAGCUCAUGAGAAUCCUCAUGCUUGGCCGUGUCCUCAACGAAGAGCCCCUGAUCCUCCGCGGGGCCGAGAUCGUCGCUGCCGGCAAACGUGCCGACCCACAGAGCCUCCUCUGCUACGGAGAGAGCAACGUACCUGAGUGCCGCCGUUUCUCCAUCCCUCGGGCGUUUAACGCCAGUUUAGGACGGGCAGCAGGGGGCGUGCUGCGGCAGGGGGCCACCAGUGAGGAUGGAAUCGUUCAGCUGCUGUUUCAAGUAGAGCCAAAUCCAUUUCCCUUCAAUUACAUAGCAAAUUACUCCGUGUCUACAGAGGUGGCAUCCAUGGAGUUCCACACAGUGAAUGGCACGCAGAUUCCAAUCUCAGAUUUGGAUGAAACUCAGGCGAUAACUGUCGCUGUUAAUAAAAGUAGGGAAGCCGGGCUGAGCGGAAACAUAAUAGAGGGCGUCUUGCCGCCCGCGGGAGCUGAAAACAUCACUCGCUGCAGUUAUGUUAUCGUGAGGGUGAGCACCGGGAAUACCAACAGACAGGCCGGGAUUUACAUCCAGCUCAACUUCACGGUGUUAGAUGAGUCUCCAGAGAGGUGGGAAUUGGAUCCAUCGAUCACAGCCUACCUGCACACCUCCGAGUGGCCCAAUGAAUUCAACAGCACCGACAGGAAGCACAUCACACUCAAUAUGACACGGGGGCGGGACAUUGACCAACGACGCUACACAUUCUUUUUGUCUCCGAAUUCAUACGACACCACGCGCGACCACUUCAUAAACGUGUCCACAGGGUGCGGCCCCAGUGACCCCAAUCUGGUCCGUGUGGAGGUGGGCGUGUUCACGUCUCUGUGUCAGUAUUUCAGCGAGAGCGCCAAACAGUGGCGGACGGACGGCAUGGUUCCGCUUCCGGAGACCAGCGUGGGGCGAGCCGUGUGUCUCACGCGCCACCUCACCUCCUUCGCCGCGAGCCUGUUUGUUCCACUCGAUUCAGUCUCCUUCAUCAUUCCUGAGCGUUCAGUCAAUCGUAAUCUGGUGGUGGUUCUGGUGUGCUUGAUCGGACUUCUGUGUUACGCCGUGGCCGGCGCUAUAAUGCGUAAGCUGGAUGAAAUGGACCUGAGACGUGCUUCAGUGGUUCCUCUGUGUGGACAGGACGGGCUCUACAAAUACGAAAUUCAGAUUAAGACCGGCUGGGCAUACGGCGCAGGUACGACGGCCCAUGUUGGCAUCAGUCUCCACGGCAGCGAGGGCCACACCGGACACCGACAUCUAGACUGCGUUGGAGCGUUCGCUCGUAACAGCCUGGACAUCUUCCACAUCGCCACGGAUACAAGCCUGGGCAGCGUGCUCAAGAUCCGCAUGUGGCACGACAACAAAGGCCUCUCUCCAGCUUGGCUACUCCAGUACAUUCUAGCAAAGGAUUUACAGACGGGAAGCAGUUAUUUCUUCCUGGUUGAGGAAUGGCUAUCGGUUGAUAAUGAGAAAACAGACGGCAGGGUUGAGAUAGAGGUGGAAGCAUCAGAGGAGGCGGACCUCUGUCACUGGCCCCGCCUACUAACCUGGGAGCUCCAGAGGGCAGUGUGUGAGAGCCACGUGUGGCUGUCGCUAUGGGAACGACCUCCGCGUAGUCCCUUCACGCGGCUACAGCGGGUGACCUGCUGCUCUGUGCUUAUGCACCUCUGUAUGCUCGCCAAUGCCGUGUGGUUUGGUACGGUCGCUUACGGCAACAGCUCUACGCCGGUGUCUACACAAGUCUCUUUAAAUGCUGAGACUGUGUGGGCGGGGCUUGUGAGCUGUCUACUGGUCUAUCCGUUCUACCUGCUCAUAUUCUUCCUCUUCAGACUCAGCCGCAGUAAGGUCUCGGUGGAGCAGCUGCCUCCGCAGGUGGACCAGGAGUCUUUAGAAAUUGAUGACUUCUUGGAUAACUCAAUGACAGGAAGCUCUUUUCUCAUGUUAAAUGGCAUUCCUGGAGAGACAUAUUCAGAGGAGACCAACAUCGACCUCCCUACUCCUUCUAGUAAAAGUCUGCAGAGGUGGAGUGUCCCAGACUGCGAUUGGCCGGAUGUAUUGACGGAUCCGUCUGUCGAGAUGGGGCCGGUGUUUCCUCCGCGGCUGAAGAGAGGUCAGGGCAGUAGACAUCUGGGCGUUGACAUUCCCUUCAAUCCAGACGAGGAGGACACUGUGUGUGAAAACAGCCAGAGGAACAAAUAUUUCUCUUCUUCAGAUGAGGACCUCAUCAAGCGGAUUUUGGCUGACGGACAGCUGCUGUCACAGACGGACAGUGAUAUGGGCGAUCUCUCCAGUAUAUUUGGUGACAAGACAGAAGUGAUUCUACUGCAGAAGAUGAAUGAACCGAUUUUCCCGGUGGCCAUAAGACCUCCCAAAACUGCCUUUACCUCUCGCACAGUGGUGGCGGAUGUUUGUAGACCGAGACCUUUCCCUCCAUUGUGCGGUCUGGCUGCUCUGUGGGCCAGCUGGGCGGGGCUUAUCCUGUCAAGCAGCCUGUCAAUGUGGUUGGGGCGGAGCUUUAGUGAGGGCGUGGCUCUGAUGUGGCUCAUCUCUUGCAUCGUCAGUUUCCUGUCAUCUUUCUUCAUUCUAGAGCCUGUAAAGGUCUUGUUGGAGGGAAUUUAUUUCUCUCUGUUCGUGGGGCGUCUGAGAGCAGAAGAGCAGGACGUGUUGGUGGAUUGUCCGCGUGUGGAGAGGGUCGUCCAGCGUAUCCCCAGAGUGAGACAGCCGCAGGGAUUCGCCCUCUCGCAAGCUAGAGAGGAAGCUCGCAAAGUUCGCCUGCUACACACCAUGCUGAAGGCCUUCCUGAUCUACAUGCUGUUCUUGCUGGUGGUUUUACUGCUAAACUAUUCAGACUCGAGCAAAGACGACCACCGCUUACGGCUUCACGAUCAUCUGCUGGAUCACUUCAACACGCGCCACUAUAACAACAUCAGCAGACGUGAGGAUGUGUGGGCGUGGCUAUCAGACUCCUUGUUACCACGGUUACUGGAUGGGCCGCUCCUGAUGGAGAGAACAGGCAGUGUGUUGCUAGGAAAGCCCCGUCUUCGGCAGCUGAGAAGUCAAGAAGAUUGCCCCAUCAGCAGAUAUUUCCCUCCUAUGUCAUGGUUCGGGUGUGUCCCGGCGGGUUGGAAGGAGUCAGCUUCAGGAUUGGUGCAGAACUGGAGUAUGAGUACAGCUCAGAGUAGCGGUGUGUGGCACUGGGGGCAGGUGUCGGUGUACAGCAGCGAAGGAUUCGUGCAGGAUCUCAGCAGAAACAUGCAGAUCUCAGAAGCUCUGUUCAAACAACUCAACACACACCGCUGGCUCGACCCCCUGACGACAGCUCUGUUCGUGGAGUUCUCCCUCUACAACAUCAACACAGAUCUGCUGGCAGUCUUCUCUUUCCUCCUGGAGUUUCCUGUGUCUGAACGAGCCGUGCUGAGUCUUGAUCUGAAAACAUGCAGUCUUCACACGCUGAGUCACGGCCUGGACCUGCCUCUGUUCCUCACGCUCCUCCUGCUGGUGUUUAUCGGCUAUUUUGCCGUGCGUGAGGCCGUGGCGGCUUGGAGGCAGGGGCGCGGCUACUUCCUGCGUUUGUGGAACAUGGCGAGCGUGUGCAGUCUGGUGUUGGCAACAUGCGUUGCAUCUCUGCACCUCAGCCGCUCUGUGCUCGCCGAACGCCAGUGGGCUUCAUUUCUACGCCAACAGGACGCCUUCACCGACUUCUUUCCUCUGGCCCGACAGAGUCAGGUCAUGACCCAGCUCGGUGCAACACUUCUCUUCCUGUUGGUGCUAAAGGCAUCGCAUCAGCUGCGCUUCAUGAGAGAGUGGGGGGUUUUUGGAAGAACCUUGAGAAGAUCUUCCUGGGAGCUUCUGACGGUCGCCGUCACUCUACUCGUGUUCCUGUUGGCAUACUCGCACACUGGACACUUGCUUUUCCACUCAGUCAUGGAGGGCUACGGAACUGUUAGCUCCACAUGCCUGACGUUACUAGGCUCCGGGGGGCGUGGACUGUUGUCAUGGAGACAGUACGGCGGCUCCUCCCCCAGCUCUGCGUCUUGUUUCAUCUUUUACUUCAGUUUCACCCUCCUUCGUCUCGUAUUGCUGUGGCUUUUGAUCUCGGCUUUGCUGAGAAACUACCAUCGGGCGAGGGCUGAAAUGUACCGUCCUGCCGUCGACCUGCAGGACUACGAGAUGGUGGAGUUGUUUCUGCGACGCCUCAAAAUGUGGAUGGGGCUCAGCCGUGCCAAAGAGUUCCGGCACAAGGUACGAUUUGAAGGUAUGGAGCUCCCCCCCUCCCGAUCCUCUUCAACUAGUGAUUGCAAGUCCUUGUGUCUCCCUCCUCUGGACACCCCAGAGGCUCCGCCGUCCCCUGAUAGUAUUGACGGAGAAUCUGAAACAUCCUGGUUCCCCACAUCCAGCAGCCCCUGCACUUUGGCUGAAGCUCCGGGUCUGGGACUCGGCCUCACCUCACUAGGCCCUGGAGUUGUAGUCGGAGGCCAGGGCUGGAAAGAGAGAGCGGAGACGGAGGCGACACUUCGCAGGAUCAUCCCAACUUUUGAUGCCUUGCUUCUGCAGCUGGACCGGGUCACCCACGCCACAGAGGAACUGUGUCUCACAGAGUGUUGCCUUGAAAGAAUGCUGAGGAGGAGCAGGCGACGGAGCAGAGGGGGACGUCGCCACAGAAGUCUAGAUUCUGCAGGACAGACGAGACAUGGCAGGAGAGACACGGGUGCAGAAAGGAGUACAAUAGUGGUAGAGAGAAGCAAAAGUCCACUGAGUACUCAAGCAAGUGCGGCCAAGUCAGAAGAGAGACAGAAACUUCACAAGAAAGACAGAAAAUCAAGAAAGUCUGACAAGUUCUCACAAAAAUCACAAGGUCAUAACCAGGUAGAUUCAUGUCCAAACAAGACUGAUAAUAGUCACCAGAAGUUACAAGAAACCCACAGUAAUGAACUGCCACUUGUCAGCGAAACUCAAAAAGACUCUCACAAGUUGGAUUUUGACCCUCUUAAAGUGAGUCCACAAGAAGAAAGUACCAAUCCACCCAAGGCUGAAAAAGCUUCUCGCAAGGUAACUUCAUCUUCCAAAGAUGAUCUGAACAUUCAGAAGGACUCUGAGGUUGUUGGCUGUGCCAGCAAACCUGCCCCCACCCCGGCCCCGAGUCCCGUUCCCACUCCGACGUCUACUCCCUCAACUGCUUCUUUUUCUGCUAUUACCACCCCAGUACCCAUCCCUCGCUCCCACGAGUGGGUGCCGCCCAGCAACGUCGAAAACCUUCCCUCCAGCGUAUUCCGGCACCCUGCGCACACUACAACCAAUCCCACUCGGAAACGAAAGCACAAACCUCCCCCUCUCAAAAACAAGGUGCACCCUAACACAGAAAAACCUUUCUCAGGACACCACAAGCCUUGAGAACCCAAGUGAUGAUGGAUGAAACGGGAUUUGGGAAUUGUGAUGUAAGGCUGUGGGACUAAAUAGUUUUGAAGCUUAUAGGUUAUGGGUUUAAUGAAGUAUUGAAAUGAGGUCCUGGUGACAGCAGGUUUUGGAACCAGGACCUAAAAAGGGCGCAAGCAGAAACCAAAACCAAAUAAUCCACCCACAAGCUUUCAACUGGUAACUGGUUCAAUUGGUAAAUCUUCAAAUCUGUGGAAACAAGGUGCAGGUCACCACCGUCUUUGCAAUCCUCAAGUUUUGAUGCAAGAUGUCCUUCCCUCUCGCAGUGACCUCAGUCUAACCCUUUGACCCUGGAGGUCAGUCGGGUUACAGCCGACAGGAGCACACCUUGUGCUGUCAUAGCAACAGAAACUCUUGAAGGAGAGAUUAAAGUAGAAUGCCUGUUGACGCAGGUUGGCUCGAUGGUUUUUGUCGUACAAGUUAUGUUUAAUGAAUCGUGUUACAUUUUUGUUGAAGGAAGCUAUCUUAAGGGUACACGUGUUGCCCAUUUAUACAAAAUAAGCAGUUUAUUCAGAAAGGCUCACAUUGACAACACUACACACGUAAGAACAUCUAUAGAGAACAGGUAUGUGUUUUUUAUGCGAUUAUGUGCCACCAAAUAUAGGUACAAAAUUCAUGCUACUUAAUAUAAUGGCAUGUUACUGAAUAUAGAAAUGUAUUUCUCCUCUCAUACUCGUACAUCUACACUAACACACCGAUAGAAACUAUCAGGGUGCUAUAAAACUAGCCUCAGGAUAUCAAAUAUGUCUUCAAUACCAAUAGACCAGUGGGCAAGUGGUGGAAGAUACAAAAAGUAGAAGGAAAACUCUGAAGCAUGGAGGUUGGAUUUUUCAGCGAAUGUUUAGUUGAAGAUUAAAGUUAAAAGGAAACUUGAGAGCUGAAGGUACAAUGAAGGUACGGCCCUUAAGCCCUUCCAGAAUUCUCUCUGCUUUCAGAAAAGAAAGGAAAAAGCUUCCAUAAAGCAUUAAUACUAUUAUAAUUAUUACUAGUAGUAGCUGAUCAAUGCAACAUUGUUUAAGAAAUGCUGAAGUAUGUUUUGUUUUGCUUUCUACAUUGUUUGAAAUCUUAUUUAAAAAGCACUUUGUAUUAACGUAUAGGAACGAUUGUGUUUCGCCUCAAAGAGCAAUCCAGUUUGAAUGUGUUACUGAAAAUGGAAAAUGUUUAUUAAUAAAAUAAGCUUUGUAUAAAGAUAAGAGAUAGCUAAAAAUCAUUAUUCUCCCUGUACAUUUGCCAAAGCUUGCUAUUCAAGAGAUUUUUGUACGUAGCACUUUAUUUCUGCCGUAUUUAACUAGUAUGUAAUGAUUUUCACGUUCAACAGCUUUUCAGAAGUUUCUUUUCGAGUAUUAUAAACAAGCCGCGUCAGGAUGUUAUUUUGUUUUUGUUGCUUGUCAAGUAUGAAAUGUAUUUAGCACUAUGUUUACUAUGAUAAUGCUCAGGGACCCUAAAGAAACGAGAUUCUUUUUUGUAUGAAGUGUUUUGUGCCUAAUUCAGUACAUGUAUUGUGCACUCAAAAUAUCCACUACAAGGGAAAGCAGAGCUGGAUUUCGUUGAAGGUCACGUCCACUACAAUAACGUCUAUAUUCAGGCCGUUGCUGAUGAAGUUUUCAAAGGUCACGUCUAUCUGUACAUAUCGGUGUGCCCUGAUGUAAAUAUUGUAUUAAAGAUCAAUCGUGUUUUUUUAUCUUGUUUGCCUUAACCGCACUGACCAGAAAUGUCUCGUUUUCCUCACAACAGACCGCAAUGUGUUCGCUAGCUUGUUCAACAAAAUGCUUUGCUACAUGUUUUUUUUUCACCACUGGCCAAAGAAAAAUGUUUGAAGGUUAUGCAGAUUUUUUUCAGUACAGUGGAUCUACACACAGCACAAGCAGUCAUUUUCAAAUGUAAUGGCUUUGGUAGGUCUUCGCUAUAUUUCUGCUAUUGUACAGGCUGUGCAUAAACCAACUUGCAUGCAAAAAUGUAAAGCCUUCAUCUUUGUUGUUGUAUGAAAUGUUUAAGGUAACGUAAUGAUUACAGUUGUGUUUUCGAAUUUGUAUCAUUGUAGCACUUCGCUUUAUCGCUUUUGCACUUGACAAAGUCAAAUAAAGAGUCUGACAGCUGAGA